AACAGUAUUUGUCCUGUGUUUAACUGUAUUCUGCGUUAUACUGACGAUGUGUGUGACUGAUAUUAUUCGCUCAUCUCCUCAGUAAUCGUGUGAUCCUCCUCAUUUCUCUCAGAUGACCGUUCAUAACUUCUACAUAUUUGACCGCAAUGGCAGCUGUCUUCAUUACAGCGAGUGGAACCGCAAGAAACAGGCCGGAAUCUCCAAAGACGAGGAGUUUAAGCUGAUGUACGGGAUGCUGUUCUCCAUCAGGUCCUUCAUCAGCAAGAUGAGUCCGCUGGAUAUGAAAGAUGGGUUUCUGGCGUUCCAGACCAGCCGAUAUAAGCUGCAUUAUUAUGAAACUCCAACGGGCAUCAAACUGGUGAUGAACACAGACCUGGGCGUGCCGAACUGCAGAGACACACUGCAGCAGAUCUACAGCACGCUGUACGUGGAGUACAUCGUGAAGAACCCGCUGUGUGUGCUGGGCGAGUCUCUUCAGAGCGACCUGUUCAACACCAAACUGGACUCCUUCAUCCGAGCGCUACCGUUCUUCAGCGUCCGCGCGGCUUGAGCAGGAAAACAAGAACACACCAUCAUCUUCUGUUUAUAUUUAACGUCUGCUUCCUCAAUCAGAGCUCUGAUUGCAGUUCCUUUUGUUGAAUAUCAGUGUAAAAAGAUUCUUUCUCACAAAACUGACCAAAAUACAUGAUUCAUUUUUGCCACCUUUCCAAGAAUUGUGUGAGUGUGUGUGUGUGAUGAAAACAGAUGUAUUUGUGUCAGUCCGAAACUGGCACAGAUAAUUAUGAAGAAAAAUAAAGCAUAAUCAGUAUGA